AUGCACAAUGAGGAGUAUUGUAUCGGGUAUAAUUUCCUAGAAGCAUCUGAAUCAUUCCGAGAAGAUGGUCUCGAACCGAUCACUCUUGCAGUUCAUGGUACUUCAGAGAUGAUGGAAAUGAUUGAGAGAAAACCGUCGAAUUGGGAUGGUCCCAUAUCUUUGGCAUUAUUUAUUGAUUAUCAUUCACAAGGAGCUUUAGAAUAUUUAUCAGAUGUGCAUCGAUGUGAUCAAGAAUUUAGGAGAAAGGCCACAACUACUUUCGAAAAUGGAACGAAUUUAAAAGAUCUUCCAGGUGUCGAAUAUCGAAACGAGACAGUUGGAUCAUUCGAGUUGUAUCCUAGUAAUCUGAUGAGAAACAUUGCGAGACGAGGAGCCAAAUCAGAUAUUCAUUUUAUUGCGGAUAUCGAUAUGAUAAUGAGUGGAGGAUUCGCGACGAAAGUGAAACAGAUUUCGAAUGCAAUGGUUGAUGGAAAGAGUAAGAAAGUCCUAGUUGUUCGACGAUUCGAAAGCAACCAAACCGCUAUUCCAACGGAUCACAAACAAUUGUUUAGUGAUGUCAAUAACAAGAAAACGUUUGAAUUCCACCACAAAUUCUUCUUCUCUGGACACCGAAUUCCAAAUAUUUCGCAUUGGUUCGCAGUCUCCAACGAAUCCGAUACAAUUAGUGCAUGGAAAAUUCCAUAUGAAAACAGUGGAUGGGAAGUUCAAGUGAUUCUCCACCGUAAGGAUCCCUACAAUGCAGAUUAUUUUCCUGCAAGAGUCAGAGUUAUGCAGUCAUUGAUCUACAAUUUAUGUCGUGCUAACUACUCAUUCAACCUUCUUUCCCACGUGUUUGAUGUUCACGAAGGCAUCAAAUUGAAUGAUACAGAUUACUCAAGAGGUGUGAUUGCUCAUUCAAAAAAAUACGGGAGAAAGAAAGCAUACAAUCGAUAUGUCAAUGAGAUGAAUACCGCAUAUCCAUCGACUUUGGGACGGUGUGGGAACUUUGUGAUGUGA